AUGGAACCUGACCUUGCAGCCAACGAAGCUAAGCUGAUGCGAAAAAUCCAACUGCUUUGUGUGAUGGAGGUGACCUUAACCCAUCCAGCCAAUAAUCGACAGCUCACCUUUCAGGAGAUUGCCCAAAGUGCUAAAAUCCCAGUAAAUGAGGUUGAAUUGCUGGUGAUGAAGGCUUUAUCAGUUGGACUGAUCAAGGGCAAUAUUGAUGAGAUAGACAAAAAAGUUCAGAUGACAUGGGUCCAACCAAGAGUCCUUGAUCUGAAUCAGGUAAGAGCUGUAAACUAAAGUUUAGAUGUUUAUGUAUGUUAAUAAUAUGAUUUGGCACAAUAGCCAAGUUCAUAAGUUUCUCUUACUGA